AUGGACAUAAUAUGGAGGAUAGACAAAGCUAUAAGCAUAAAAGAGGAGUAUAAAAAGUUGUGGAGACUGUGUGUAGCUAUACCAAAGGCGUUCCCAAGUAGCAACAGUUGGACUCCUCCUAGUGCUUGCUCCUUGAAGCUAAAUGUGGAAAGAGAUAUUACUUUAGGCUUUGUUGAUUUACUACGUGAUGAUUAUACUGAAAAAGACCGAAGUCGCGGUAUUUAUUUCACUCAAUCUUGGGUUUCCACGCCAGGUGUUCUACCCGUUGCUUCAGGAGGUAUUCAUGUUUGGCAUAUGCCUGCGCUAACCGAGAUCUUUGGGGAUGAUUCUGUACUACAGUUUGGUGGAGGAACUUUAGGACACCCUUGGGGAAAUGCACCAGCAGCUGUAGCGAAUCGAGUAGCUCUAGAAGCAUGUGUACAAGCUCGUAAUGAGGGACGUAAUCUUGCUACCGAGGGUAAUGCAAUUAUUCGCGAAUGGGUUUAG